AUGUUGAUCCGGAUUAUUGGAGUUACUUUGAAAUUUUACGAUGAAAUGAAUGUUUGUGAUAUUAUGUUGUUGGAGGAUGACAAGGGAACUAAGAGGAUGAAAACAAUUAUGGUAAUGACCGGGUAUUGUCAUUUAUAUGCUACUCAUCCUCUUUCACAGUCUGACAUUAUUGAUGAAUCAAUUCUUUCAUUAGAAUUCAUUGAUGAAGUUGUUGUGGAUGUGAGAGCUGACUUAAGAGUUAAUGAAACUAUUGUGGAUGAUGACAUAGAUGGAGUAGAAGUUAAUGAAGAUGUUGUGCAUGAGAGAGAUAACUUAGGAGUUAAUGAAAAUGUCGUGGAUGAGGGAGAUGACUUAGGAGUUAAUGAAGAUGUUGUGCAUGAAGGAGAUGACUCAGACAAUAAAAAAGAUGUUGUGGAAGAGGGAGUUGACUUAGGAGUUAAUGAAGAUGUUGUGGAUGUGGUGCAAGAGGGUAUAAAAGUGGGGACCAAUGUGUUUGGAAAUGUUGAAAAUUUGGUGCAAGAGGGGACAAAAGUGGGGACCAAUGUGGUACAACAAAGUACAAAUGUGGGGACCAAUGUGGGUGAUGAGAGGAUAAACUAUAACAUUGAGAAAAAUGUGGGUGAUGAGGGGAUAAACCGUGGCAUUGAGGAUAAUGUGGAGACCACUGAUAGACUCAAUUGUAGCAAAACAAAAGUUGAGGGAGUUAAUGAAGAUGAGAGAGUGGAAGCAGAAGUAGAGGUGGAGGUGGAGGGUAGUGAAGACAGAGCUUUAGAUGUCAAUUUUGAAGACCCGGAAAAUGAUAUAGAAAUUGAUGGAGAGAUAGUAGUUGAUGAUGAGGAAGUGAGUACAAAGGAAAAGGCAAAGAGCAAGACAAAGGGCAAGGCAAAGUCUAAGGCAAAGGAAAAUGCAAAGUAUAAGGCAAAUAGUGAGGUCUUAAAGGCAAAUUUAAGAGGAUUAAGUGACAUUGAAGAGUAUGAUAGUGAUGAGUUACCUCGUGAGUAUGAUAGUGAUAAUGAUGAGAUUAUAAAGGAUGCUUUUGUAACCUUCGAGCUUCCAAAAAAAUGGGAGACUACAAAUGGAAUGUAG